AUGGAGAGAACCUCUGUUUCUGGAGUCACUGUUCAGCAUUCGGGACUCUCUAUCUAUAGUCAGGAUCCUGCUCGAGUUUAUGCAGCUUUUGUUACACAAGUAUCGCAAGCGAGGCAAAUACCGUUCUCCUGUGUGGAAGAUAUCACAGGUUUAGAAGGAGCUAAUAUAAUCUACAUCUGUAGAAGAAGUGGAGCCACCAUUACCACUCAAGGGAGUCCACAUCCUGAUCAAAUCACAAUGGAAAUCAAAGGCACCUUUUCUCAAGUACAAACUGCACCUUUUCAUAGAGACGGUGCAGUACAUACCAACAGCAGCAUACUCUCAACUUGCAGGUCCGUCGUCAACCUACACGCCAUCACUGGGUGGGCAAACUUUUGGAACGGAAUAUAG